ACUCCUCUGGAGGGGGGGUAUUUAGGGACAGAACCCUCAGAGUUGCGAAAAUAAAAUCCAGGGAGGGCUCGGUUAUACCACGAAGGAUUAAAAUUUUCAAAGACUCAUGUAAUCCUUACCUAACAGCAGUGGUAAAGCAUCUGUUGGGCACUUGAUGCCUUCUAGGCCUUUCCCUGCGUUAUUUAAUGUUCGUGACCUUAAGAGCUGGAACUGUUAUUUUAAACGAGUUGGUGCUUCGAGAAGUUAAAUGACUUAAUGCAGUAUUCCCAUCCAGGCCAAAAGUCUCCAAGUCCUUACUUCUUGUUCGGGCGACAAAAUAACUUAUUAGGUGCCGCCGCCGGACGGGACUCUAAGAUGAAGUUAUGGGAUGUCGUGGCUGUCUGCCUGGUGCUGCUCCACACCGCGUCCGCCUUCCCGCUGCCCGCCGGUAAGAAGCCUCCCGAGGCGCCCGCCGAAGACCGCUCCCUCGGCCGCCGCCGCGCGCCCUUCGCGCCGAGCAGUGACUCAAAUAUGCCAGAGGAUUAUCCCGAUCAGUUUGAUGAUGUCAUGGAUUUUAUUCAAGCCACCAUUAAAAGACUGAAAAGGUCACCAGAUAAACAAAUGGCAGUGCUUCCUAGAAGAGAGCGGAAUCGGCAGGCUGCAGCUGCCAACCCGGAGAAUUCCAGAGGGAAAGGUCGGCGAGGCCAGAGGGGCAGAAAUCGGGGCUGUGUCUUAACUGCAAUACAUUUAAAUGUCACUGACUUGGGUUUGGGCUACGAAACCAAGGAGGAACUGAUUUUUAGAUACUGCAGUGGCUCCUGUGAUGCGGCCGAGACAAUGUACGACAAAAUACUAAAAAACUUAUCUAGAAAUAGAAGGCUGGCGAAUGACAAAGUGGGGCAGGCGUGUUGCAGACCCAUCGCCUUCGAUGACGACCUGUCAUUUUUAGAUGAUAGCCUGGUUUACCAUAUUCUAAGAAAGCAUUCCGCUAAAAGGUGUGGAUGUAUCUGACCCCGGCUCCAGAGACCGCUGUGUAUUGCAUUCCUGCUACAGUGCAAAGAAAGGGACCAAGGUUCCCAGAAAAUGUUUGCCCGGAAUGGAAGAUGAGGACCAAGGAGGCGGAGGGGCAGAAGGAGGAGCAGGAGGAACAGGAGGAGGAGGAGGAAGAAGGCAGCCAUUGUGGGAGCCUGGUAGAGGGAGAUCCAGCUACAGAAAACUGGACAGGAGAGAAAACCGCCGUCGGGAUGGUCCAGGAUGGCAGCUGGUGUCGGCAGAAGCUCAGGGCCAGUGUCCCAGGCUGGCGUUGCCAUCUUUCAUCUGAUGCAGUCCCCCGGCCCCGGCCCCGGCGUGGUUGCGGAUGCACUUGAAACCAAGCCAGUGUAUCCCCUGUGGUUUGUUUUCACUUGUCUGGAGAUGCCAGGGAAUCGGUAAUCCCGGUGUCAUUCCUUGUCAUUACAUUUUACUGCUGAAAACAAGAAAGGUUUCUUUAUCUGUCACUCAGUGGAGACAUAUCCCAAAAGGGAGAAGAAGAAAAACAACAACAACAAAAGACACAAGAGGUGUCCUGUGUCUUUGCAUUUGAAAGUUGAGGCCUAGGUUUACUACAACCAGCAUUUUGGUGAACGGUGGGUGAUGGAUUUUGAACUUGGUGUGUGGGGUGGGAAGAAGUUGGCUAGGAACCAAAAAGCCUGUCCUCAUGACUAAAAACAAACCUGAAGGUAUUUCCUUUAUGUCCUUGGAAACAGGAAACCAGUUGCGGUUUUCGGCAGCAUUCUUGCAGGAGAGCGAGUGGGGAGGCCCCAGCUGCACAGGGUGACCUGCCGGCCUGUCGGUUUACAGAAAGACAGAUGUUACAUACACCCCAGCUCCGUUUAUGCAUGGUCACCAGUGACCAGAGAAGCUACUCGAUGCAAUGCAUCUGUUUCAGAUACAGAAAUAUAGAGAAGAUAUUUAUUGAGAUUUAAGUUAUUAUUAUUUAUUACCGUUCACUCAUGAGUUUCUCUUUUUUCCCUUAUUUAUUAAAGUUUCUUUUCAAAGGUGCCAAAGUAUAUGUGCUCACAAAAUGCAAAGAAAGUGACAAAGGCAAUUUUAAUUGGAAACAAGGGUCCAUGCUUUCAAAGUAUUAAAAAGUUUUCACUAGGCAAAAAUCACUUACUUUACCUUUUUAAGAAAAACUCUCAUGUUUCCCGGAUUUCAACAUCAUCCCUUUUUUUUUUUAUCUUUUAACAAAGCAGUGGGUCAGAAGUGUUUCUGACAGGCCCCUUUUCAGGAACAGUGUGCAGAGACCACUGGCACUUGGCUUUAUUUCUUCCUUGCUCCAUCACUGAAUGGAUACACCAUCCUCUCUGCUUCCUGUUGUAUUUAACUCCGACUCCCCUCCACAUAUAUCUAUGAUAUGCAUAACCAUAUAUAGGAAAGGUUAAAUUCCUUUUAGUAGUAGUCCUGGAUUCAAUGUUGACCUCAGAGUAAAAAUCCUGUCAGGUGGCCAGGUUCUGCCCUGGCUUUCUCCAGUCCACUGAGAGCAGCACCCAGCCAGAAGCAGGGUCCUCCUGGUUGCUAGCAAAGCCCCUUAACUGUUGCCUCAGAGCAACAGUUUCCACCCCUGCCCAUCCAGCCCCUUCCUUGGAGGAAGGUGGCCCAGGAGGGCGGACGAGGACAAUGUGUCUGGAGACCCCGGCCACAUACUGAGCCUCAUGCUCCCUGCAUGGGCUUCCUUGGGCCUGACAGGCUUCUCUGGGGAGGAAGCGUAGGGUGGAAACUGCCACCAUCUCGAGCUCCAGAUUAUGAACUUGUCUGGCACUCGGCACACGUGCAAUGCAUUGGGCCCUUUAUUAGAGCGUGUUGCACAUUUCAUCAAAGGAGAUUUUUAUCAAGGAUAUAAUCUAUCAUGACCUUAGAGGAGCUUAGGCCAAAAGAGUGAGAUUUACUAAUUAAAUUACCUAGUGGCCUCCCUCAAAUAAUCAUGUUAAUUUUACAAAGUAGACAAGAGGCAGCAGUUACCAGACGUCCCCUUCCCUCACCCCCAAAGCCCCUAGUUCUCCAUCAUUCUGCCCCUCUCUGUCCUCUCUGCUCCCAUGGCGUGACUCGGAAGUAGAGGAAAAGGGCCUUCAUCUCACCUUCUCCAGGGACCAGAGCAGCCGGCUCGAAAUAGUGACAGACCCAGCCAUCUGGUCAUUCCUAAAGCACAGUUGGGACGUAGCCCCGGAUCAUCUGUGCGAUUCAGAGAGUCCUGGCAGAUUUGGUGGCUGGUGUCCCCAGGUGUCAACCCCGUUAGCUCCCAGCUCCCCACGGAGAGUCCUGCCCAUUGGGGCUGUGGGAUUCAGCGGGUGUUGACAACUUGUCGCCAGCACCCCCUACACACCAUCAGCACGUUUUAACUGAAGCCGAAUGCUCCACCAAAUCCACAAAAGGGUAAAGUUUGUGAUUUUUCUUUAUCAUUGUGAUUGCCAUCUGAUUCAGUAAGGAGUACUCUUCUUUGGAAGUUCUGACUUCUCUGAUCUGUCUUGGUCAUUUGUGUUAUACAACCAAAGUUCUCUACAGACUUUAUUUUUGUACAAUAUCAUUUUGUAACUUUUUACAAAUAAAAACUCAUUUCUAUUGCUCUCUGCGCUUCUGUACUCGCUCACAUACCUUUGCACCAAGGCCGGGUCAGGCAGCCAUCCACAAGCUUUUUUACCACCA